UUACAAAAUUUAAAAUCACAUAUUAAACAGACAAUAAUUCCAGACUUGUUAAUGACUCCAAGUGAUCAAGGAAAUGGUGACCUAGAGAUUGAGUACCCUGAAGACAGAGGAAAUUGGACAGGCAAGCUAGAUUUCCUUUUGUCCUGUAUUGGCUACUGCGUUGGACUGGGAAAUGUCUGGAGGUUUCCAUACCGUGCUUAUACAAAUGGGGGAGGGGCAUUCCUUGUUCCAUAUUUCAUCAUGUUGGCAAUGUGUGGGAUUCCCAUCUUCUUCAUGGAGCUGUCGCUGGGCCAGUUCUCCAGCCUGGGGCCUCUUGCUGUUUGGAAGAUAUGCCCGCUCUUUAAAGGUGUUGGCAUGGCCACAAUCCUGAUCGUCUCCUUGGUGGCCAUUUACUAUAACAUGAUCAUUGCCUAUGUUCUCUUCUACCUCUUUGCCUCACUGACAAAAACCUUGCCCUGGCAGUACUGUGGCAACUGGUGGAAUACAAACCGAUGCUUGGACCACCAUGUCAUGCACACAGGGAAUGGUGCUGUCCCUUUCAACGUCUCUAACACUGUCAGCCCAAGUGAGGAAUACUGGAGUCGUUAUGUCUUGCACAUCCAAGAAAGCUCAGGGAUUGGGGAUCCUGGGAGGAUUCGUUGGAAUCUGUGCCUGUGCCUUCUUCUCGCCUGGGUCAUUGUGUACCUCUGUAUCCUAAAGGGAGUCAAAUCCUCUGGCAAGGUUGUGUAUUUCACUGCCACAUUUCCUUACCUCAUCCUGAUCAUGCUCUUAAUUCGUGGUGUGACACUGGAAGGGGCCUGGUUAGGAAUCAAGUUCUAUCUCACACCCCAAUUUGACCUCUUGCUGUCCCCCAAGGUGUGGAUUGAAGCAGCUCUGCAGAUCUUUUAUUCUCUUGGGGUGGGAUUUGGGGGACUUCUCACCUUUGCAUCAUAUAACACCUUCCACCAGAAUAUCUACAGGGAUACAUUUAUAGUCACGGUGGGCAAUGCCAUCACCAGUAUCUUGGCUGGCUUUGCCAUAUUCUCUGUUUUGGGUUAUAUGUCACAAGAACUUGACGUCCCUGUUCAGGAAGUGGCCAAAGCAGGUCCAGGCUUGGCAUUUGUUGUGUACCCACAAGCCAUGACAAUGCUUCCUCUUUCUCCUUUCUGGUCUUUCCUUUUUUUCUUCAUGCUGUUGACUCUUGGCCUGGACAGUCAGUUUGCCUUCCUAGAGACGAUCGUUACUGCUGUAACAGAUGAAUUCCCAUAUUACCUGAGGCCAAAGAAGGCUUUUUUCUCAGGCAUUGUAUGUCUUGGAAUGUUCCUGUUGGGGCUCAUUCUCACAACAGAGGGUGGGAUGUAUUGGCUAGUGCUGCUGGAUGACUACAGUGCUGGGUUCGGACUCAUGGUAGUGGUCAUCACCACCUGCCUGGUGGUGACACGUGUCUAUGGCAUGAAGAGAUUUUGCCUUGAUGUUCACAUGAUGCUGGGCUUCAGCCCAGGGAUAUACUUUAAAGCCUGUUGGCUGUUCCUGUCCCCUGUAAUGAUGAUGGCCCUGCUGGUUUACAGCAUAAUCAAGUAUGAACCAUUAGAAUAUAAUGGAACCUACCACUUUCCAUUUUGGGCUGAGGUUCUGGGCAUCCUGAUGGGAAUCUUCUCCUGCCUGAUGAUCCCACUGGGAAUGGUUUUUGCUGUGAUCCAAGAGGAAGGGACACUCUGGCAGAGAAUCCAGCAAGCCAGCAGAGCAACCAUGGACUGGGGUCCUUCUCUGGAAGAGAAUAGAACUGGCAUGUAUGUGGCCACCCUGGCAGGCAGCCAGUCACCUAAACCUUUGAUGGUCCAUAUGCGAAAAUAUGGAGGGAUAACCAGCUAUGAAAACAUAGCCUUUCAGGUAGAUAAAGAAAUUGAAGAGGAUGAAGAAGAGUCCAUGAUGUGA